AUGAUCGAAAAUCCCAAUUUCACAAGCAUAUUUGAUAAACAAUAAUUCUUUUAUGGGAUUGUAAUCGAUGGUUAGAAGAAUGGAAUUGGAAUUCACUAUAAAAACCAGAAAAGCAUCUUUGAAGGGGUUUUUACUGAUAACUAAAAGAACGGAAGAGGCAUAGAGUUAUUUUUUAAUGGCUCCUUCUACAUUGGGUAGUAUUCGAAUGGAAAACCUGAAGGAACUGGUAAAUUUUAAUGGCAAAAUGAUGAGACCUACGAAGGGUAAUGGUUUUAAGGAAAGAAACAUGGUUCUGGAAUUUGGAAGGGUUCUAAAGGAGACUCCUAUAUUGGAGAAUGGAAAUUGGGAAUUCCAGAUGGUUAUGGUGUGCAUUUAUGGAUUAAUGGUGAUCGUUACGAAGGAGAAUUUAAAAAUUGUUUAAAGGAUGGUUAAGGAACUGAAAAAUUUACUAACGGUGACACUUAUAUAGGAUAAUAUUAAAAAGGAAAGCCUAAUGGAAUUGGGGAGUACUUUUGGAACAAUGGAGCAGUUUAUAAGGGAGAAUUUAAAGAUGGGGUUAGACAUGGAAAAGGAAUUUGGAAGAGAGGCAAUGGAUUAUCUGAUUAAUAUAAUGGGGAAUAUAUCAAUGAUCAGAAACAGGGAUAUGGCAUUUAUAUAUGGGCUGAUGGAAAUCGUUAUGAGGGAUAAUUCUUGAAUGAUUUAAGAGAUGGCCAAGGAACUAUGUAUUGGCAUGAUGGCUCAUUUUAUAAAGGAUAAUGGAAGCAGGGAAUUUAAGAUGGAUAAGGAAUCUUAUCUAUUAAUUAAGAUCUCAUCAAAGGAAUAUUUUAUGGAUCCAAAUUAAUAUAAAUGAAUGAAAAUACUUAAUUCAACGGUAACUAAACAAGAAAUAAGGCUCAUUCUGUUGAAGCAAGGUAAACAUCAUAUGGGACUGACGAAAAUCAUUAGAAUGGCAGUUUAUCAAAAACUUAAUAAAGAAAAGAUUCUGCUGAAUAUAGCACAAAAGUGAAUUCAUUCACUCAAACUUAUCGAAAUUCUAAUUCAGUUGAUUAGAGAGUUAUGAAUAUAUCAGCUGCAAAAAGAUUUGGAAAAAUCACAAACUCAAAACUGCUAGAAUAAUUUAAUUAAGCAAGAUUUCCAAAGGUGCAAUAAUAGUAAUCCAAUAAAUAACAAUUAUAGAAAAGACUAUGGAAACCAACUGGGAUCCCAAAAAAUGUAAAAUUUUGA